AUGUCCAACAUGGCUGAAACACACACCGAAGACCAGUGGGACGCCCUGAAAGACGAACUGAGAUCACUCUACCUGGAGAGGGAUAUGGCCUUGCCGGCAGUAUCAAGGCUCAUGGAAGAGAGACAUGGGUUUUCUGCAAGGAAAAACCAAUACGAGAAGCACUUCAAACGCUGGAAAUGGUCCAAGAACCUCUCGUCCGAGCAAUGGCGGCAGAUUGACAAUAUGAGGCGCGAUCGACAGGUACAAGGCAGGGAUUCGGUGUUUUACGACCGUGGCCGCAGGAUCCCACAACAACAAUUGGACAGGAGUACGAGAAGCGCCGCCAUCUGGGCUUCCCUCUGGUAUCACCGUUCACACACCGCCGCCGGAGCUUGA